AGAUUGCCAUUGCUUAACUUAUCGUCCUUCUAUCCCCCUUAACAGGUAAUUUACUGGGUUCACGCGCUGACCUCGCGCGCCUAAUAUCUUAUUUCUCGUCUGCUUCAUCAUGCCCGCCGGAAAGAACGUCCUUUCAAUCCAGUCGCAUGUUACCCACGGCUAUGUGGGCAACAAAGCCGCCACCUUUCCCCUGCAGCUGCACGGCUUUGAUGUGGACGGCGUGAACACCGUCAGCCUCUCCAACCACAGCGGCUACCCCGUUAUCCGCGGCCACCGCAUGGAUCUAGAGGAGUUCAACACGAUCCUUGACGGUCUGCGCGCCAACGGCUUCCUGCCCGGCUACUCUCAUAUCCUGACAGGUUACAUCAACAACGUCGACAUCGUCCGCCACGUCGCCGCGACCGUGGCCGAGGUGCGGGAGCUGCGCAAGAAGGCGGGCGAGAGUGACGUUGCGUUCUUCUGCGACCCCGUCUUAGGCGACGAUGGCAAGCUGUACUGCAAGGAGGAGGUGGUGGAAGCGUACCGCGAGCUGGUGGCCCACGCGGACGUGGCCACGCCGAACUACUUUGAAGCAUCUCUUUUGAGCAAUGUGCAGGUGCAGGACAUGCCCUCUGCCGUUCAGGCCGCCGACUGGUUUCAUGCGCAGGGCACCGCCACGGUGAUCAUCAAGUCCUUCGCGCUGAAGGAGGACCCCACGCACCUGCAUUUCCUUCUUUCCUGCCGCGACAAGGCGAGUGGGGCGACGAAGCGAUACACUGGCGUCGUGCCCUACCACGAAGGGCGCUACACGGGCACCGGUGACGUCUUCGCGGCAGCGCUGCUGGCCUUCUGUCACACGGACCCGAUCGACGUGGCCGUUGGCAAAGCGAUGGGGGUCAUGCAGGACUUAAUCGUUGCCACCAUUAAGCGUGGCGGGUCCGGUGAGGCGACGCUGAACUCGCGCGAGCUGCGUGUGACCGACCACCCGCAAAGCCUGCUGCAGCCCACGGCCGUGUUCCCGCUUACACUGCUCUCCUAA